AUGGAACAAUUAAAAGAAGGAAAUUCUUAUUUUGUAGAUGAACAAUAUGAUGAAGCAUUGAAAUGUUAUGAUAAAGCUUGUUUAGAAUUAUCAAAUAAUGCAGAGGCAUUCUUUAAAAGAUCUCAAUGUCAUUCAAAAUUAUCAAAUUUAAAAGAGGCUUUAUCUGACAUUAAUACUUCAAUUAAAUUAGAUUCAAAUAAUUCAAAAUAUUAUCUCAAAAAAGGUCAACUUUGUUUUGAAUUAGAGGAAUUUGAUACAGCAUUAAAAACAUUUGAAAAAGGUCAAUCAAUUGAUUCAGAAAAUUCUUCAUUUAAAACUUGGAUUAGAAAAUCUAAAGCAGAAAUUCAAUCAAACCCAACAACUACAACUACAACCACACCAACUCCAACACCAACACCAACCCCAGCACCACAACCAGUUACAACAACAACAAAUCCAACACCAAUUCCAACUACCUCAAAUACUACUACUACUACUAAUAAUAAUAAUAAUAAUAAUAAUAAUAAUAAUAAUAAUAAUAAUAAUAAUAAUACAACAACAGAUUCUACAACUACAAAAUUACCAAUACCAUCAUCAGGUAAUAAAGUUAGACAUGAAUGGUAUCAAACUGAAACACAUGUUGUAUUAACAAUUUUUGCAAAAUUUGUAACAGCAUCAAAUUCAAAGAUUAAUCUCACCUCAAAAUCUGUAAAUAUAUCAUUCCCAUUAGCAAAUGGUAGUGAAUUCUUAUUUGAAAUGGAUUUAUUCGACCCAAUUGUUGAUAAGGAUAGUACAAUUCAUUAUUAUUCAACAAAAGUUGAAAUUAAAAUGAAGAAAUCAAGAGCAAUCAAAUGGGAUACCCUUGAAUUCACAGAUAAAUCAGGUCCAGUGGGUUUAAUGGAUCAAAUUAGUUCCUCUCCAGCCGUACCAUCACCAUACGCCUCUAAAAAGGAUUGGGAUAAACUUCCAAAUGAACCAGAGGAGAAAUUAGAGGGUGAUCAAGCAUUAAAUAAAAUUUUUAGAGAUAUCUUUUCCAAAGGUUCAGAAGAUCAACAAAGAGCAAUGAUGAAAUCUUUCACAGAAUCUGGUGGUACUGUUUUAUCAACAAAUUGGGAUGAAGUUGGUUCUAAAAAGGUUGUUGGUGAACCACCAAAAGGACUCGAAUUUAAACAAUAUGAAAAAUAA